ACGUACGGCGGUGUGCGCCCAAUGGGCCCACAGGGGCCUGAGGAGGGUCCCUCCCCCUCUUAAAGAAACAGCCUCACAAAAGGAAUUAAAUUGGGGGGCGGAGUUUAAUCCCAACAGUCGCUUUCCUAUUUCUUCCACUUUCUUAGCUCCGGGUUUAAAAUGAUUGCGAGCUGUAUAUAUGAUAUGGGGCUGACAAAGCCAACUUUGCGGGUUCGAAUCCCAUACCUAUCCCUGUUUGGAAUAUAGGACCCUCGGGGUCCAUUCCAACGCUACAUUCAUAUUUCUAUAAUUCAUAUAUAUCCCUUGGUCAUCUAAAAUAUAUAGAUAUAGAUCUAGAGAGCAUGAGUGCCGCUCCAUCCCCGAAACUCUAUGGUGUUCUAGGGCGAAACCGGAAGCGUCGCUAUGGUUACCUUCGACAUGGGCGUGGACUUCCGGCGGAGGCCAUUUCUGACGACGUCGCUUCCGGCGCCGGCGCCGUCUUAUCCCUCCCUCCUUCCCUUGGCGGCCAGAGUGUUGCGCGUGGCUGUGGGCGAGCGGCGUUUCCCCGGCGCGGCCGCCUUCUCCGUCCCUCCCGCGGCCUCUUUUCUCCCCUCGCCCUUCCUCGCGUCGCCCUCCUCGUCCUCUCCCCCCGCUGCUCCUUCCCUCCCGCCGCCGCCGCCAUGGCGAUGAGACAGACCCCGCUGACGUGCUCCGGCCACACGCGGCCUGUGGUGGAUUUGGCCUUCAGCGGCAUCACCCCCUACGGGUACUUCCUCAUCAGCGCCUGCAAGGGUGAGGCGAGGGGCCAGCGGGGGCUUCCUUGCGAGGGGCCGGUGGGUGGCAGGCAUGGAUAUAAUACUGCGAAUUCUCUCUCCCUCCCCUGUUUCAAUAAUAAUAAUAAUAAUAAUCUCAAGUUUUUAUGUACAGGUAUUCGGAAAAUUAGGCUGCGAACCGCCCUGAGAUCUAUGGAUGAAGAGUGGUGUACAAAUAUUGUUAAUAAUAAUAAGCAACUGACUUUUGGGUUUGGUGGGUGUUCGUCAGUAAACGAGGAGAAUUAAGACUAAGAGAGCUGAGGGGGGGUGCUCGUGUAAUCUCACUGUAUACAAGUUGUACAAGUGACAAUAAAGUAUUUCAUUUCAUUUCAAUCUUCCGCUUUAAGGGAGCCUUCAGAUCUGGGAACAGAAUCAUUCUUAACAAACCUCCUUCAUGCCUGGGUGUGUCCACAGUCCUAUCUUUCUUUUAUGCUGCUUGGCUUACCAACCUCCCCCAAAACCUCUGUAUACACUUACAUGAGGCUGUUAAUCACAGGAUUGUGGGUUCGAGCCUCACGCUGGGCAAAAACAUUCCUGUGUUGCAUUGAGUUGGAUUAGUUGACCCUCAAGAGUCCCUUCUGACUACAAUUCUGUGAGUCUAUAAGUGUUGAAUCAAACAAUACUGGAACAAUACGACAGCGGUUUAUACUUUAUCUGGGAAAGCUUUUGGAACAGCCUCCUUGCCCAAAUGCCAUGUUGAGUUAGUAUUUAAGAAGUGGGUCUUCAAAGUUAUGUUUGUGCUUAAGGUGCAUCCUUCACAGGGAAAGCUGUUAAGCUGGAGUGUGUGCAAAUAAUAAUGCUUCCACCCCCUCUUUGUACCUGCUUUCCCUUUAUUCCCUUUACUCUGUUGUUUCUAUUUCCAGAUUGUAAGGCCCUUGGGAGUAGAGACCUGUUGAAGCUGAUGUUUGUAAAAAACGUAGAUGGUAUUAUGGAGACAAUAAUAAGCAAUUUUGUUAGUCACUUUACUUAUCACUUGGCACAUAAUGUGUCUGUGCCUAAUAUUUAACUAUAUGCAUACCAUGGUUCUGGUUAUAGAAUCAUAGAAUUGUAGAGUUGAAGGAAUUCCUAGUGUCAUCUAGUCCAAUCCACUGUGAUGCAGGAAUCUCGACUAAAUCAUUCAGAAACAUUGCUGAAGUCAAGCUGGCCAGUGCCUGGAUAGGGUAUUGUCUGGGAAAGCUGUGUCUAAUGCUUUGAGUCUUUAAAGUUUAUUGUUACACUGUUAAAUGAUGCAAGGGCCACCAGAGCCUUCCAAAUAUUGUUGAUGUAUUAGUUCCAUUAAGGUAUAAUUUUUUUAUAUAAAAAGUACAUGCAUAUCCAUUAUACACUGGGCACUUGAGCCACCAUUCAGUGCUGGAAUAAACAUGCUUAACUGAGCUUGAAACACCCCUAAAUCCUGUAAUGGAUUGUGGCCUUUCAAUUAACUUUUUUGCUUGGCGCUCUUGCAAGCAGACAGGCAAAGCCAUUGGGAUUUGUUGGGGUGGAUAGAGCAGAAAUUCCUGGUGCCUCCACUCUGCACAUAUAAAACUAUGUUGAAUCUGUCAACCUGAGAAAAGAGACAAGUUUCCAAACAUUUCCAUAAACUUAUUUGCAGUGCUGCCUUAAAAGAUCAUAUGUGAUUCCCCCCUACCCUGGCAACUGAGAGGUAGUAGGUACGAUCCAUCAUCCUGGAAUAACCUACCUUCAACCUCUGAUUUACCACCUGAACAUUUAUUUAAAUCAGAGGUUGAAUAUGAAUUGCCAGUCCCCCACAUGAUCUUGCCUUGCUUUUCCCUUCUGUAAAUAAGUGGUUGUGUAAAAGCAAGUGUUCUUUGAUGGGUGAAUUUCAUAGAGAAGAAUAGUGACAUAUAGAUGACCAAGGAAGCCUACAGUGGGUUUGCUCAAAUCUCUUGCUGGAUAAUCUCUAUUGAAUUCUAAUUUCACAGAUGCUCUUUCUAUGCUUAUUUGAUAUAGAUUGUUGGUUGAUAAACUAAACUCCUAUGUUUUACUUUUUUUCUUUUUGUCUAGAUGGAAAGCCUAUGCUUCGCCAGGGUGACACAGGAGAUUGGAUUGGAACAUUUCUGGGUCACAAAGGAGCUGUCUGGGGUGCCACUUUGAAUAAAGAUGCCACUAAAGCAGCUACAGCAGCUGCAGAUUUCACUGCGUAAGUGAAAGUCUUCAAUCUAACACCAAAACCUACCCUGUUCUUUACAUUUGCAGCUCACUUAAUGCACUUGAAUCUUCCCCCACCCCUGGUGUCUGAAAUCUUUAAGAGCUGUAUAAAAGCUUUAUUUCAAGUCUGGAAUAUAUCAUAUCAAUAACUAUGUUUUUUCCUUUCAGCAAAGUGUGGGAUGGUGUUUCAGGAGAUGAAAUAAUCACCUUAGCCCACAAGCACAUUGUCAAAUCUGUGGACUUUACUCAGGUAAAACAGACACUAAAUAUCUUUGUUUCAGGGCUGAAUGCCUGCCUUUGUUUGCCUGUGUUUUUCUCAAGGGCAUGAUACGAACAGCUUCAUAUUCCGAACUAGUACUGAUUUUAUUAGUAUUAAAUAAAAUAAUGAUAACUGAAAUAGUACUGCUUUUAAAAACCAGUGUCUAAAAGUAGUGAUGUUUAAUUACUGUUGCACCAAUUAAAACAAUGGCUUUCGUUUUCUGUUCUAGGACAGCAAUUACCUGCUGACAGGUGGGCAAGAUAAACUGUUGCGUAUCUAUGACUUAAGCAAGCCAGAGGCAGGUGGGUUUUUACUGUUAGUAGGUGAAACUGAUUAUUAUAAUUUCUUUUUGAAAUUCUUUUGCAUCCAGUUAUACUAUUUGAGGGUUGGGAAGCCUUUUCGCAGACCAGCUUUGACAGGUGGGUGGAACAACCCAGCUGUCAAUCCCAUUAUUCUAAUGUCACAUGAUUGACAGGUGGGUGUCCCACCCAUUUGUCAAAAUACUUUUGUGGGGUGUGCAGAAAUGAUGGGGAUGGGAGAAGAGACAAGUCAUUUUUGCCAGUAAAGGUAAUGGAGGAAACACUUUUCCUUUCCUGAAACGGGAGAGGGAGAAAGCUGCCUUUUGCAAGCUGUUGCCUUUCCUUGCAAAGCACUCCCCUCUUCUCACCCCCCAAAAAGAAAGUGUGUUUUGGAUUUCCAGGCUGCAUUAGGGAUUGGGGUAGGGUAAGGGCACAUCCUUACUUAUUAGUCCUCAUACCCUGCUGUAUGUGGCAGUGAAGGCAGCAAAGAAAGUAUACCAUGCUUCCAUUUCUGGCUCAUUAUGAUGUCCAGCAGAGCUUUUCCGGGUAGCUUGGAUCCUCUCACAGUAUGGUCCGAAAGAGGUGGUGGAACCGACUGUAGCUCACUGUGACUUGUUUGCAAAGCAUUUUGAGAACAAACUUGUUGCAUCAGCCGGAAUCUUGACUAUGCUGUUGUAGCAGAUGAAUCUCAAGGGGUGUCUGGCCCUGUUGUGUUGGGUGAGUUUCAGCUAGUAAGUCUUGAGGAUGUGGACAAGGUGCUCAGAAAAUCACUCCUCAAGAAACCCUGAAUUCGGAAACUCUUAAGUAACUACCAGCCAGUCGCUACUCUCCCCUUCUUGGGCAAGGUUCUUGAGCAGAUGAUUGUGGACCAGAUCCAGCCACCCCAGGAGGAAACUUGAUUUACUAGAUCCAUUUCAAUUGGGGUAUAUGCCUGGUUUUGGUACAAACUGCUUUGGUUGCCCUGUAUGCUUCUGAUCUACUUGUGGUUAUGCUGCAGCUACUGCAGUUCAUUCCUGUCACACUAAGUUUGGGAAUUUGCACUGAAGAUCAUUUUUCGCAGCCCUUUGCAAUUACACUAUGUAGUUAUAUGCAGGGGAAUAAAAUAUCUCAUGUGCGGUGCUUAUCUGUAUUGCCACUAAUCUCUCAGUACAUUUGCUUCGUAUUGAUUGUAAGUCAUGUUGAGAAAACUACCUUGAUGAAGUGCAUGGCUAGAAGAGAUCUUUUGAAAUAACACAGUAUUUCCCCUACUGUUUAGACCCUCAAAUCGUCAGUGGCCACACGUCUGGGAUUAAAAAGGCUCUGUGGAGCAGUGAUGACAGACAGAUCCUUUCAGCAGAUGACAAAACUGUCAGGUAGGAAGGAACAAAUACCUCCCUUUCACCAGAGCUGCCUUUUGUGUUUCUGGAAUUGGUGUUCAUUAUAGGGCCCUCUUUUGAAUUCAAAUAUAUAUAAUUAGCUUUUCAGCUGAUGUGCUCUCUCCUAGAACCAUAGAAUUGUAGAGUUGAAAGGGUCGUAAGAGUCAUCUAGUCCAACCCCCUGCAGUGCAGGAUUCCCCCCCCACCACCAGUGUGGGGCUCAAACUCACAACCCUGAGAUUAAGAGUCUCAUGCUCUAUUGACUGAGCUAUUCAGCAGAGUACAUGUCUCACAAUACAGUCCCCUGCACCAGGAAAGGACAGACUUAAAUAUUGCCAGAUUUACGUAAGGUGUACAAUGCUUAAGUGCAUAAAAAGCUGCAAUUUGUUUGCCAGGCUGAGAAGCAAGAAGAAUCACAGAGCUUCUUGGGAGGGAAACCGUGAAAUUCUCUUAAGCCAUACUCUAAAUGUCUUGGGGGAGGUGAUGACAGUGCAGGGAAGCAUGCAACCCAAAGGGCUUUGGAGAUCUAACCUAUGGCGCUGGUCUUGUGAUAAGCUAAACAGAUUUUUACCUUUGUGUCUCUGAUGCAGACUCUGGGACAGAAAUACAUUUACAGAAAUAAAAGCAAUAAAUGUUGCUAUGUCUGUCAGCAGUAUGGAAUAUAUUCCAGAAGGGGAGAUAAUAGUAAUCACCUAUGGAAAAACAAUCGCCUUCCACAGUGCAGAAACGUAAGUUGAGUUUUUAAUGUGGUUAGUUUUGAAAGAAACAAACUUAAUUGGCAACUUUUUGGAGUAGCGCAAACAGAUGAGAAGUGUGUGUAUAUUGCCAUACUAGAGCUAAUAUAUAUCCCUUCAGAAAUACUUCAUGUUUUAUCUAACUUAAGUUCUUUUCAGAGGAGACCCAUUGAAAUUGAUCAACCAUUAAUUUCAAUGGGUCUGCUCUGAGAACUAGCAUUGGAUAUAAUCCUUAGUUCUUUGAAUCCUGAAGAAAGUCUCUGUAGUCUUGAUUAAGGAUGUGCAGUUCAUCAUUCAGAUUGGGAAACUUUCACAACCUUGGUUUUUCUCCUGUGAGUGAAAUGGUUUCAUCUUACUUAAUUUUAAAGCUUACCUUGCUUUUAAAUAAUAAUUUCUGAACCUGCUGCCAAAACAUAAACAUAGCAAAAACACAUCAGGAUAAACACAAAGCACUAAAAACACCCAAAAUGAGAGUGGCACUAAAAUCAGUCAAUUAAAGGCCUGGUAAUAUACAAUGAAAUGCAGCCAUAAAAAUCCAGUUAAUCAUACAACAACUAGCACAAAAUAUUACUAUUGCUAGAACAGGUAGAAAAAUCUGAGAAGACCCUGGCUUAGUAAGUGGGUGAAAGUCCUCUAUAUGGAAUUCCACCUUUUGUGGGUUUGGGUUUUUUAAUGCAUUGGUAUAUGGUUCUGUGGAGAGUCCAGUUCUAGUUUUUAAUGCAUUUUCCUUCCCUUCUUUAGUCUGGAACAGAUUAAAUCCUUUGAGGCUCCUGCAACAAUUAAUUCUGCAUCCCUUCACCCUGAGAAAGAAUGUCUAGUUGCGGGUGGCGAGGACUUUAAACUUUAUAAGUAUGAUUAUAAUACUGGUGAAGAACUAGGUACGUUCCAACAGGUUUCGAAAUACCUCCAGAGCAUGUUUUUAUCAUUUGCAUUCUUGUUAAAAUAUAAAACCUGCUUAACUGGUCAUUCCAAAGGUUGGAGCCUUCAGGUUUUCUCACGAUCAGUAUAAUGAAGAGACGGUAACUUCCCAAGCCAUUGUUAUAAAGACACAUUUCAUUUUCCUUCUCUUGGUCUGUGUGUAUGUGUGUAGGCUCACUUUCACAAACUUCCUCAGAUUGUCAUUGCACUUUAGUCAGAACAGCAGGCUUUAAUAGGAUUAGUUAAAUUUGACCUUGACUGUAAUUGCUGUCCAGAUAACCAAAGUUGAUCAGUCUUUGUAUGGCUAAGAUCCCAAAGAGACAAAAGUGAUGCGCAACCAUCUCUUGUUACUUCCCAAUCGUUCCCUCCCGAGGUGGCCUUUCCCUACACUCACAUCUUUUAUUCAGUGCUGGCUGCUGGAAGAAAUGGGGUGCAAGAAGAAUGGGGGAAACCCUAUGCAUACUAUUUAGUGGGGAGGUAAGGGAAACCCAAAAGAAGUACCGUAUUUUUCGCUCCAUAGGGCGCACUGGACCAUAGGGCACACCUAAAGAAGCCAUAGCCGCGUGCAGCCUCUUCCUGCCGGAGGGGCUGUGUGCGGCUAUCCCUGAAGCCUGGAGAGCGAGAGGGGUCGGUGCGCACCGAUGCCUCUCGCUCUCCAGGCUUCAGCGAAAGCAACGCGAAGCCUCCAGAGCACGAAGGGAGCGCUCCCUCUGCGCUUCGGAGGCUUAGCAUUGCUAUUGCUGAAGCCAAGGAGCCUGCAUUCGCUCCAUAGGACGCACACACAUUUUCCCUCAAUUUUUGGAGGGGGAAAGUGCGUCCUAUAGAGCGAAAAAUACGGUACAUUCCCUGGCAACAACUUCUGACCAGUAGGAGGCAUGUAGCCAGGCCAAGGGGAAAUGAAAUUUAAGAGCUUGCAAAGUGGCUCAAGUGUUGACUAAGAAUUAUUCAUGUUCUGGGAACUUUUUAGCCAUCAUUAGUUUGGCCUUGCAGGUUGUCUUCUGUGCAUAGCUGUUGGGUAAGGAAUAUCUCAAGCUAAGCAAGUGCCCAGAUUGAAGCUUGAGUUUCUGAUUCUAGUGACCAUCUGAUAGCUGCAGGCAGUUCUUUUUGAUGUUUCCAUGCUGAGAGUAAAAUGUUCAAGGAAACUUUGUGGUUGCUGUAGUAUCACAUCCACGUUUGGAUGGCAAGCCAUACCCUUAGUGGUGGAGCACCUCUCCAUAUCACACAAAGUAGGUGGGGGCUUCUUCGUGUUAUAAACAGUUGGGGCCUCAUUACUGUCCUCCUAUGACUUGGACCAGUAAAUUCAUUUACAAAGCCCAACCGCUAAGGAACCAAGACAUUAUUUUUCUUCCUGAAUUCCUAAGCCUACAUGUUAAAGCACAUGCAUUCCUUGUUGCCUGAAAAGUCAUUGGUUUGUCAUUUCCCUGCAGAAUCUUACAAGGGGCACUUUGGGCCUAUUCACUGUGUCAGAUUUAGCCCAGACGGAGAGUUGUAUUCUAGUGGCUCUGAGGAUGGAACGCUAAGACUGUGGCAGACAACAGUCGGGAAAACGUACGGUCUCUGGAAAUGUGUGAUCCCUGGUAAGAACUGGUGGAACAAAAGUGCACUGUAAAAUCCAAGAAGCUAAUGUUUUCAGUGCAGUUUUAUAGUAAUAAUAAUCUUACUCCGUUACUUGAAUAGCUUGUUGGCACCUUACUGAAUUGCAUACCAGCAGAACAUCUUUUAACUGUUAUCAGUUAAAGCCUAGGUGGUAAACCUCUAGACUGUCCCUGUUUAUAGAGCAGGUGUGGGCUCACAUGGUGUGCGCUCCUCUACACCAAAGAAUGAAACAAAUCUGCCCACACAACAGACUUGUGGGUGAGAAGUCUAGAUAGAGCUUAAUCUUCCUGCUUAACAUUUAGUUUUCUCUUUGGUUGGUUUGUGUGUGUGUUAUGGAUCAGCAUUGAUUGCUGUGUGAGCCUACACAAGCCAUCUUGAGGAAGAGGGUGCAGCCUGGACAAAGUUUUGCUACCUUAGAAGUAUACAUACUUCACUUUAGUUCCUGAUUUUUUAAAAUUUAUUUUUGCUGCUGUUGGCCUUCCAAAAUUGGAAGAGGACGGCAAGCCACCUUUUGAUCACGUCAAUGAGUUGCUUGAAAUUGGCUCAUAAAGCAUAGUUUUCGUAUAAUGGAAAAGCACACUGGUGAAUUCAACAAAUACAGAAAAGCAGUGAUGCCAUUUGCUUGGUGAAUUGCAGAAUUCCUGCAGUUCUACAGCAGACAUUUACGCUUUUUACAACAAAGUUUGGCAUGUUUGAGCAUACGAAAAGAGGACUCUUGUUUUCUUUCCCUGUAGAAGAAGAAGGUGUAGAGCUGGCGAAAUCAAAGGCCAACCUUCCAGGAACUGCGGAGGAAGACCUAGGUAAUGAGCUGACAGCUGUGCUGGGGUCCGGCCAGAGUAAUUUAGAUAAUGGCCUCAACAUAUGUUUUUAUGGUGUAGUGUGUUAAGUCAGUUGGGGGGAAGCGGGUUGUGGGUGUGGAAUAGGAACCAGUGUGAAAUGUUAGAACACUACAAGUAGUGGUCCAUACCCCCUACCCCAUGCUUAGCCAUGUAGUUUCAGGAACUUCAAAAACCAAGUGAAAGAGUGCAAGGAAGACCCUUUUGGGGAAGCGAGUGGUGGCCGAGAAGCAGCUAGCUCCUUGUGAUCUGAGAUGGCUCCAAGGGCUGUCUAGAAGUCAUAAUAGGGUAGUUUCCCUCCAUUUUAACAGUGAACGGGGACAAGUAUGUACCAGAUGCUGCUAUUGUGGCCAAAACGGCAUUGCUAGAGCCAUGAUUGGGCUGCACACUUAAUGAGUGCAAUGCUGUUUGUUAAGUAUAGAUAAGAGCACCUGAAAUAAUUGUGUGACAGAAUGCUUGAAUAAAGUAGAUGAAUUUAUCUGCCUGCUGAAAAUUAAUUAUGUCGGUGUUUCCUUUCUUGACUCGGCAGAAGACCUUGGCUCUGAAAACUCAGAUUCCAUCUACAGCACAACUCCUGAAGUUAAGGCUUAAGUUCGCAGCUGUCAAUGGCAACAUAUGGACAUUUUGAGACUAAAUCAAGGAAGCAGUGGAAUGCAGCAGCGUCCCAGGGUGCACACUGUACCCCAAGGCAAAGAUGGGCAGUAAUUGAUGAGAAUGUAUUGGAACUGGCUGUCUUUCAAGAGAGCUGAGAGUAUUGAAUGAGAUGAGCAGUAACGGUUUUUCGCUAUCUUCUAGCGCCACUGCCUGUUGUAUGUCUGAAUGUAACAUGGCAGCCGAGACCCAGUUUCUCCAACUGUGGUUAACUCAGUAUAGUGUUAAUAAUUGAGGAGAAAUGUAAUGGCUUCUAGUAGAGUGUUCUCUGAAAGUGGAAAGAAUUGGCAAAAAAGAUAGGGUUAUGUGGAAAAACAGCGGAUUUGGUUUUUUCCCCUUUUGUUGUACACCACAUCUAAAUAAUCUGUUUUCAACCAUCUAAAUAAAUAAAAUGCCUCUACAACAACCCUCUUUAGAGAGCUUAUAAACUGUACAAGCUAACUCAUCUGUUCACUAACAGCACUGAGCAUUUUUGAGGUUUUAAUGAGAUAAGUCUGCUAUAACUGGUGGUAGUUUUUGCAUGUAGGUGGCUGAAUUCGCUUCUGCUUCAGGCUUUUAUUUUCCCCACUCCACCUUGGCGAAUUUAUUUAAUCAACCUUCUCUCUAAAAUAACAAUAUUGGGCCAAUCUUCCAUCUUAAUUUCUCCCAGUAGCAUCCGCUUUCUACACCAGAAAUAAGUUUUGUUUUCCCCCGAUUUAAAUUUGGUCUAUUGUGUGUCAUCAGAUUAUACAUAUGGUGUAUAGGAAUAAAGUUGUGGUUUUUGAGGGGGCCAUCUGUAUUAACUGGAGAAUAAAUAUAAAUGAG